AUGAGACCUCCUAGUCCUCUGCUGAUCCUCUUCUACAUCACUCUGUCCAGGAGCGUCAAGGUGGUCUCCAAAAGGGGCUCAGCUAGGGGCCCGUUGUUUUGGGAUUUCCGUAUAGAUCGUAUCUCCGGACAGCGCAUCGGAUCAAUCAAACCGCUCCCCCCAGAGUCCUUCACUCAAAUAUCGAUAGCGGUGGAGUCAAUAUUACCGCCCAGACUCGGGGUCAUAGGCGAUGGAGUGUCAGCUGCAGUUUGGGUCUUUAAUGGCCCUUUGAAAGGCUCCCGUGUCCGUCUGCGCUGGUAUGAAGCGUGUUAG